AUGCAACCCCCGCUGGCACCAGCACCACAUCCUAACAUGCAGAAUGCUCAGGAUCCCGCGGACCAGGUUCUCCACGAUCAACUGCUAGCUGCCCAGCACAACCUGCAGUCGCGUCCUCAGGUUCCAGGCCAGCAGCAGCACAUGCAGGCUAACAAUGCCAACACUCGCGAGCAGGCCAACAUUGACCCGGCCAUCUCGGGUGCUGCCAUGAUGAGUGCUCCUCAACCUCCUGUGCAGUUCAAGCAGGCUUCACCCGAGGAUGGAAGCCCUAAGGCUUACGGCGGUGGAAAGCGUGAACUUUCUACCUCCAAGCGCGCCGCCCAAAACCGCGCCGCCCAGCGUGCUUUCCGUCAGCGCAAGGAAAGCUACAUUCGCAAGCUCGAGGAGGAUAACAAGGACCUCGAGUUACUCCGCGAGAACCUGCAGAAGAGUUACACUGAGAAUUACCAGCUGCGUGAGCACAUCAUCACCUUGCAAACCCGCCUCAUGGAGGUCCAAGUCGAAGUUCCCGACCUCCCUGCCAACAUCGACCUUAGCCAGCCUCGUCACGGCCUGGCUCUGGCCGCCGCCGGCAUAAAUGUCGGCGCCUCCGGUGCCAUCGCCCCCAACCCCACUGGACCCCAACAGGCUCAGCACCCCGGCUCGGAUGAUCUGAACCGUCUCGCCGUUGCUGGCCUUGGAAUGCGCAAGCACGAGGAGACCAAUUUCCUCACCAACAGCUUCCAGCAGAACAAGCGUGCCCGUACUGAUGACGUCCAGGGUGACAACACCGACCCUAGCAUCAAGGUUGAUGGCCACCACCACGGUCUUCCUCUGGCUUAG